AUGGAUAAAAAUCAAGAUGACAUAUUGUAUAAGGGCCAUUGGGUCAUUGGUAUGAUAGAAGACAAAUCGGAAGAUCUGAGAUUGGAAAUAUGUCCAGACAUUAUUCGGUCAGCUGAAGUAUUAGUGCCACAUAUACAAAAACAUGUAGAAGUUGGCACAACCAUCUACACCGACUUCUGGAAAGCAUAUGAUUGUUUAUGCAAAGCAUGGGUACAAACAUUGAAAAAGGCAAUCACUCAGAUCGUGAUAUCCCUUUUGUGGCUGAAGAUGGGACUCAUACACAAAGAAUUGAGUCCCAGUGUAGAACAGUAA